AUGUAUCGAUUCCAGCUGAAACUUGCGAGCGUUCGUGUCAUUUCUUCAUCGCGAAACGCCUCGUCCUACUAUGAUGCGGUGAUUGUCGGCGGUGGAAUGGUCGGAAAUGCGAUGGCGUGCUCGUUGGGACUGAACGCAUCGUUUGCGUCGAAAAGUGUUCUCCUCCUCGACUCGGGAAAACCACCAUCACUUUCUGCAUUCGAAACGGGCGCCCCAUACAAGAAUCGUGUCGUCGCGAUCACUCCGACGUCACAGGAUGUCUUUAAGAAACUCGACAUCUGGGAUCGAAUGAACGCUCAUCGCGUGAAGAAAGUGAAUCGUCUCUACGUAUUCGACAGUUGUUCCACUUCUGAAAUUGAAUUCGAACGGGAAAAACAAGAAGAAGUCGCAUUUAUCAUAGAGAAUGAGCUCAUCGUCGCCGCUCUCUACGAUAAACUUCCCGAUUGUCGGAAUGUUGAAGUUAGAACUCAGGCGAAAGUCGAAGAGGUCUCGAUUCCGAAUGCGUUGGAGCAGAUGGCCUAUGUCAAAUUGGCUAAUGGAGACGUCAUUGAGACGAGUCUAUUGAUCGGCGCCGAUGGUGCGAACUCGAAAGUUCGCCGUGCGGCCAACGUCGGCUACACCACGUUCGACUAUAAUCAACAUGGACUCGUGGGAACUGUCGAUAUUGAGACAACGAACGGAAAAAACGAGACUGGAUGGCAGCGAUUCGCGAAACUCGGACCGGUCGCCCUGCUUCCUCUCUCCGAUUCUGUGUCCGCGUUGACUUGGUCGACGAGUCCAGAAGAGGCGAAACGUUUGAAAAAUCUUCCAGCCGAUCAAUUCGUUGAUGAGUUGAAUAAUGCAUUGUUCUCCCAAGAAGAGCAACAACCACUCGUCAACCAAGCUCUCUUCGCCUUCAACCGUCUGAAUCCAUUCCGUUGGGAGACUUUCGGACGGAAACCCGACGGAACCACGCCCCCUCACGUCAUCUCUGUUCGUGAUAAUCGUGGAACAUUCCCUCUUGGCUUCGGAAGUGCUCACAAGUACAUUGCUCCACGAUGUGCUCUCAUCGGAGACGCCGCCCACAAAAUGCAUCCUUUGGCUGGACAAGGUGUGAAUCUCGGAUGGAGUGACGUUCAGAUUCUCGAUCAGAUUCUGGGAGACGCCGUUCGAGAGGGCGCCGACAUCGGAAGUCUCACUUAUCUCAAGGAAUUCGAUUCGGCUGCUCAGAAACACAAUCUUCCCGUCAUGGUCUCUGUUGAUCUACUCAAUCGAUUGUAUCGUACCGAUGCGCCGGCUAUUGUCGCCGCCAGAGCAUUCGGAUUGAAUGCAUUCAACUCGCUGGGACCUGUCAAGAAUUUCCUCAUCAACUACUUGUCUGCUCAUCGUUAA